AAGUCACGAAUCAAGGGAAGGCCAUAUACAGAUAUACUCUCUCUAGAUUCUAGAUGGCGGUGGAAAACAGCCAACAGCAAUUCUCUCUUUCAGCAAUUCUUCAGUACAAAGCAAACUCUUGUGCUUAGUACGGAGUAUCACACAAUUCAUAAAUCCUCUUUUGUGUUAGUUUGAUCAAUUCAACUGUAAAUUGAUAAAAACUACACGAAAGCUUCAUUCCAUGGCUUCUCAACCGGAUGACUGUUGCUCGACGCAGCUCAUAGACGGCAAUGGAGAGUUCAACGUCAGCGGGCUGCAAGGCUUCAUCGACGCCAUUAAGCUUAACCAGUGCGGCCUCUCCUAUGCCGUUGUGGCUAUUAUGGGUCCUCAGAGUAGUGGGAAGAGUACUUUAUUGAAUCAUCUCUUCCAUACGAAUUUCAGGGAGAUGGAUGCUUACAGGGGCAGGAGUCAAACAACAAAAGGCAUAUGGAUAGCAAAGGCGGUGGGCAUUGAGCCUUGUACCGUUGUCAUGGAUUUGGAAGGCACCGAUGGCCGAGAAAGGGGUGAGGAUGAUACAACAUUUGAGAAACAAAGUGCUUUAUUUGCUUUGGCAAUCGCAGAUGUUGUGCUAAUAAACAUGUGGUGCCAUGAUAUUGGUAGGGAGCAAGCUGCCAACAAACCUCUACUGAGAACUGUAUUUCAGGUCAUGAUGCGUUUGUUUAGUCCUCGAAAAACUACCCUUCUCUUUGUUAUACGUGAUAAAACAAAGACUCCACUUGAGUAUUUGGAUCCUGUUUUACGGGAGGAUAUCCAGAAGAUAUGGGAUGGAACCCGUAAGCCCCAGGCUCACAAGGACACUCCACUAAGUGAAUUUUUCAAUGUAGAGGUCACUGCCUUGUCAAGCUAUGAGGAGAAGGAAGAACAGUUUAAAGAGCAGGUUUCUCAACUUAGGCAGCGGUUUUUCCAGUCUAUUUCUCCAGGAGGGCUUGCUGGCGAUAGACGGGGUGUUGUACCAGCUUCAGCAUUUUGUUAUAGUGCACAACAGAUAUGGAAAGUUAUCAAAGAAAAUAAGGACCUUGACCUGCCUGCACACAAGGUCAUGGUUGCCACUGUGCGCUGUGAAGAAAUUGCCAAUGAGAAAUUCAGUUGCUUAAUGAUAGAUGAGGAUUGGUUGGCUCUGGAGCACACAGUUCAUGAUGGUGCAGUUCCUAAUUUUGGCAAAAGACUAAGUUCCAUUUUAGAUACCUAUCUGUCUCAAUAUGAUGUUGACUCUAUAUAUUUUGAAGAAUCAGUGAGAAAUGCUAAGCGCCAACAUCUUGAGUUGAAAGCUUUACAGCUGGUCCAUCCUGCUUACAUUUCCCAGUUGGAGCAUUUACGUGCUGAUGCAUUUGAAGGUUUUAAGAAGCGGCUGGAACAAUCAUUAUGCAGAGGAAAAGGAUUUGCUGCAUCUGUUCGAACAUGUACCCAGUCUUGUAUGCUUGAUUUUGACAAAGGAUGUUUGGAUGCUGCAAUAAAGCAUGCUAGUUGGGAUUCUUCAAAAGUUCGUGAAAUGCUUUGUCAUGAUAUUGAGGCUCAUGCAUCUUCUGUUCGCAAUGAUAAGUUGUCAGAAUUAGAGGCUAGCUGUCGGAAACAACUUACAAUAGCACUUACUGAACCUGUAGAGUCACUUCUAGAUGCUAGUGACUGUGACACCUGGGCUUCUAUAAGAAAGCUUCUAAAACGUGAGACUGAUUUGGCAAUAUCAAACUUUUUUACUGCCGUAUCUGGCUUUGAAUUGGACCAAGAGGCAUUGGAUAAAAUGGUGCAAAAUCUGAAGGACUAUGCUAAAAGUGUUGUGGAGAAAAAAGCAAGAGAGGAAGCUGGAAAAAUUUUAAUUCGCAUGAAGGAUAGGUUCAUUACUGUCUUUAGCCAUGAUAGCGAUUCAAUGCCAAGAAUUUGGACUGGGAAGGAAGACAUUAAAGCAAUAACAAAGGAAGCUCGCUCUGCGUCCUUAAAGCUUUUGUCAACUAUGGCGGCUAUACGCUGGGAUGAUAAACCCGACAAAAUAGACAACAUACUUCUGUCAACACUCUUGGAUGGAACAGUCUCAAUUUCUCAGGAUAGGCCCCUUGGAGUUUCUGGUGACCCUCUUGCUUCAAGCAAAUGGGAAGAGGUUCCACCAGAACACACAUUGAUUACACCAGUCCAAUGUAAAUCUUUGUGGAGACAGUUUAAGGCGGAAACGGAGUACAUUGUUACCCAAGCCAUUUCUGCACAGGAAGUGUAUAAGCAAAGCAACAAUUGGUUACCCCCUCCCUGGGCAAUCCUGGCUCUGAUUUUACUAGGAUUCAAUGAAUUCAUGGCUCUAUUAAGAAAUCCUCUAUACCUCAUGGUUUUGUUCGUUGUAUAUUUACUCGGAAAAGCCUUGUGGGUACAAAUGGACAUUCCGAGGGAGUUUCGAAAUGGCACACUUUCUGGACUUAUUUCCAUCUCCUCAAGAUUUCUUCCAACUGUGAUGAAUCUUCUCCAGCGCCUUGCUGCUGAAGCACAGGGAAAUCCUGCUCCAGAAGCGUCGACACCUUCCGGGCAUCACACUUCUCAAAGCUUUAGAAAUCAAGCAGAGAAUCCUCAUAUUGGAUCAAUUCCCAGCUCAUCUACAAGUGAAAGGGAUUCUGAAUACAGAAGAGUUGCUCGUAAAGAAGAUUCCUAAUUUAUGCGGCACUCUAGCAACCCCAUGCAAUAUACGGAGUACUAAUCUGUUGUAUAAUGUCUCCUUAAGUCCUUUGCUGAUUGUCUUUUUUUUUUUUUUGGAAAGCAAACGAGGACUUGCAUUAAAAGCUCAAUAUAUCAGCAAUACAAAUGGGAGGGGAGACCCACGAACCCCGAACAAACAAAGAACCAGUUGUCCGUGUAAGUACAUGAGCCACGUGAUUCGCUGACCA